AUGCUCCUCCUGCAUCAGGUCGGCAGCGUCAAGAUUGGCGAAGUCGUCCGAUACACCGUCACAUACACACCGUCGCAGGACCGAAUCCUGCCGUCACCCGAGAAACUCUACGUUCGGAUCCGAAAUACUUCCACUAUUGCCCUGCGCGCUGCAUUUGUCCACGGCCCGUAUACGCUGUCUGUCUCGGCCUACCCUUCCAACUAUAACCCCAAUGAGAAAUAUCCCAAUCCCCGCCGUUAUGGAGUCCCCGAGUUUGAACCUAUGCUCAAGGCAGGAGGGUCGUGGGAGUGCGAACUCGUCGUCCCAGACGAUAUCCGCCAGGCUGCUGGUGCCGGGCGGCAUGGCGGGUUCGGCAAGAGUUGUGAGCACGACGAUGAGUGCGCUAGCUGGAUUAUCGAAGUUGCCUCCCAGGUCAUCUUCUCGACCUCGGCCGCCGUAGGGUUCGAGGUCGUGGUGGCGCGAGACUACAAAUCGUUGAACCUGAGCCAGACAUUGCCUAUUGUUGGUAAUUCAAGCGCGGUACCUCAGCCUGGCCGUGUUUGUGACCACCAGCAGAGCAUUGGAGCCAAGGACGGGCACCAUCCUGCGCAGCCCAAAGGUGUCUUCUCUCGAGCAGUCCACCUGAAAGUGGAGGACACAGCUACGCUCUGGAAUACUCCAAGACUCCCCGGCUGGGACGAUGUGUGCGAAAAACGAGUCGAAGCUUCAGGUGCAGACAAGCCUGUACAAAGUACGGUCAAGACAGGCGAUUCAGGAACCAACAAGUGCCAAUCAUGUUCAAUAGGGGAGCGAAAGAAGAAAAAGGUUCAUCUGGUAAUCUUAACUCAUGGGCUGCACAGUAACCUAGGAGCCGACAUGUUAUACAUUAAAGAGAGCAUUGACGUUGCUGCUAAGCAGGCACGGAUAGAUGCGAAGUCUAGACGGGCAAAGGAAAAGGCAGCCAAGAAGGAAGUUACUACCGAGUCGAAAACUGAAGACACGAAAAAGGGCGAAGGCGACGAUGACGAGGUCGAUGACGACGAUGACGAAGAGGUCAUUGUGCGCGGGUAUCCGGGAAACGCCACCAAAACUGAAAAGGGUAUCAAGUACCUCGGCAAAAGAUUGUCAAGAUACGUUCUCUCCAUGACGUAUCCCGACCAGCCUUUUCUUCCCAUUGGUAAAGGGGCAGUCGAAGGUCUCGCCGAGGCUAUGGGAGGCGGCCACAGCCACCAGCAUCAAAAGUCCCCUAAUUCGAAGCCGGCGCAUAAGCAUAGCACGAUACAAGCUGAUGCUGCCAAAACUAAGCACGAUAGUCAAUGCAGACAUUACAAGAUAACAAGCAUCAGCUUUGUUGGGCAUUCACUUGGUGGUCUUAUCCAGACGUAUGCUAUUGCAUAUAUUCAGAAGCACUCUCCCGACUUCUUUGAUCUCAUUCAACCAAUCAACUUUAUCUCCUUGGCGUCGCCAUUCCUCGGUUUGAGUAAUGAGAACCCUCUGUACGUCAAAUUUGCCCUCGACUUUGGUCUAGUCGGGCGGACAGGCCAAGAUCUCGGUCUCACCUGGAGGGCUCCAACCAUUGCUCGAAGUGGAUGGGGAGCCCUUGUAAGCAAUCUUGGCGAGUCCGCACACAAAAAGGUAUACGGCGAAUCACAAGCUGAGUCUAAACCUCUGUUGCGCAUUUUGCCUACUGGCCCUGCACAUGUAGCCCUCAAAAAGUUCAGAAACCGAACUGUCUAUUCCAAUGUUGUCAAUGAUGGCAUUGUGCCCCUUCGCACCAGCUGUCUGUUAUUUUUGGAUUGGCAAGGUCUCGGUCGUGUCGAAAAGGCUCGGCGAGAUGCCGGCUUGGUAGAAACUGUUGUUGGGUUCGGAUGGGCAGAGUUGACUGGCACAAACAUCCUGUCCCCGCGGCAAAGACAGAGGCUUCCCUCCGAUGAGCAACUACAGCAAAGUGACUCUGGGACAAGCACACCGAGGGGGAGCAUGCGCCAGGUUCCGCAGCCCUCAGACGACGCCAUGAACGAGGAUGAUAGAGCAAGCAUCCGCUCAGUGCCUCGACCAUUCAAUGGGGACGACGAUGUCCCCUCCGACACUGGUGGUGAUGCAGCUCACCUCUCGCCUUUGGCCGGCUUCUUCAAUCUCUUCAAGAGCAACGAGCCUCCCAAGCCCCAAGUAACCUCUGCCAAACAAAAGAAGAUUCUGCGACGCGGCCAGACAAUGCCAACCAACGAUUCUGACACCACCAACUCGAGCAUCACGGAUAUAAGCGACCGGAAACCCGGCAAAGCGACCACAGGGCACGAGAUGGAAGAGGAUGUGGAUGGGAUGACUGCACCGCCCAAAACUACAUUCUUCGAAUCCGCCGGCGAUCUUCUCAACCCCAGCUUACCCACCACAGAAUACCUGCUUGAUCCAUCAAAGCGUCCCAGAACCAUUUUCCACGACCGGGUAUACCAUCCAAGUGACAUACCCCCUCCUCCCAUGAAAAAGCGGCAGUCGACCCUUGUCCGUCGCAGGACGUCCGGGAAGAUGUCUGCAACGUCGCACCAGCAAAGCGAUUCAUCGUCACCUUACCCUUCAAUAAACCACGCAGAUUCCAUGGAGUCGGCAAGGGACUAUGACGACACAGUCCACACCAACCCAGACAAACAUCCGGCCGAAGUAGUGGACGGUUCGAGCAUGCGGGUAGAAGAAAAGAUUGCCAGAGGCUAUCAUCGUGAUCUUUCUUGGCGCAAAGUGCUGGUCAAGCUAGAACCGGACGCACACAACAACAUCAUUGUGCGCCGCAUGUUUGCUAACGCUCACGGCUGGCCUGUCGUGAAGCACUUGGUGGACGCACAUUUUAGUGACUCGGAGGCUGCGCGGAUGCGAGAUGACGAGGAACCAAACGUAGAGCGGGCAUUUGCAUCUCACCGGUCGCCGGAUGCUGAUGGUCGGGAAGUUAAACGGUUGGGCCAACUUGGUCAAGACGGCGCGGGCAGCCCUGACUCAUCGGAAGAGCCGGGCGCCGGCGAGACCAGCGAGGCGCGAGAGGCGCGAGAAGCACUGGACGAGGUCCCUGAAUUGCGGAAGAAACCAGACGGCGAUCUCUCGUCACUACCUCCUCGUCUCGGGUCGUCGGACAGAGCUGACUCGAUGACGUGGAGUGAGCGAGACUGGGUGGACAGUGAAAACGAGAGCGAAAUAGAAACCCAUGAAGACGGAAAGGUUGGUAAACAAAGGCACCAGCCGACGCAGCCGACAAAGGACGGGACGCAAGGGCGGCUCAGCCCGUCGUCAUGGAAGUGGGCUGAGAAAAUCGUAGGCAAGGGGUCGACAAGAAGCCGGAGUAAGAGUCCAAAGCCCGGUGAAGACAAAUGA